CUUAAGGACCAAAUGAUCUAAUAAUAAUGGCGUGACACGUGAACGGGCACUUCGGCCGCCGCUUUGUCGUCGUUAUUUAACAGCCCAAUAAUAGCUAUCAUCAGUACAUGGGAUCUCACUUAGCUGCCUCGUUUAAUAUCCCCAAAGAGAUUCAUCAGGAUUCGGCACUCUUUCCUCGUCUAUACCAGUGCAUUUCCCCUGCUUCUACUUCCAGGUUCAUCAUAUGUUCGGUGAGGUGUUCUUCGUAUUGAAGUUUGACACUCGGAAUCUGUGCUCAAACGCAACGAAUCUUUGGUGACUAGGAUUGUGAUGAUAUUGAAGUCUUUGCUCACUGAUUCAAUUAACAUUCAUCAUAAGCCCUAAUUUCCAGCGGAUCUGGAGCGUGGAACAUCGUGAAGCCCGAAGCACAGGGGCAGUGUGAGAUAAAGAUUGCGUUUUGAGCCUGUUUCUUUAGCUUUUUCUUAGCUCUCAGUUAGUUCAAGUAGCCUGGUUGCAGCAUUUUGCGAUUUCCAUCUCCCGGCUUGGGAUGGGAGGUGAUUGAUCCCAGGUCAUAGUCUGUUGAAUUUCCCGUGAGAUGAUUGAUCAGUUCAUCAAUUUCGUCAUUCGUCCACCCAGGGCAGAGUAUAACCCAGAUCAAUAUUUAUGGGAAAAGGAUUUUACUCUUGCUGGACGUAAAUACAAAAGGCAAGAUCUGGAGGCAACUGAAAAACAAUAGAGAUCAUACUCUACGGUGUAGCCAUUACGUCCCAUCUUCUUUUCCAGAUGACUCGCCUCUUCCUUGUGUUAUAUACUGCCAUGGAAACAGUGGAUGUAGAGCAGAUGCAAAUGAGGCAGCUGUUAUCCUUCUAUCAUCACAUAUCACUGUCUUUACUCUUGAUUUUUCGGGUUCAGGAUUGUCUGAUGGUGAUUAUGUCAGUCUUGGCUGGCAUGAGAAAAAUGACCUCAAGAUUGUUGUUACAUACCUAAGAAGCAAUCCCAAAAUAUCAAGAAUUGGUCUUUGGGGGAGGUCAAUGGGUGCUGUAACGUGCCUUCUCUAUGGAGCUGAAGACCCCUCUAUUGCUGGAAUGGUGUUGGACAGUGCUUUUUCCAACUUAUAUGAUCUAAUGAUGGAGCUUGUGGAUGUCUAUAAAAUACGGCUUCCAAAGUUUACAGUUAAGGUGGCUGUUCAGUAUAUGCGGCGGAUAAUACAAAAAAGAGCAAAAUUUGAUAUUAUGAACCUCGAUUGCUUACAGGUUGCACCAAAGACAUUCAUUCCCACUUUAUUUGGCCAUGCUAAAGAUGACAAAUUCAUUCCUCCACACCACUCAGAUCAUAUCUUUAAAUCCUAUGCCGGUGAUAAAAAUAUUAUCAAAUUUGAUGGUGAUCACAAUUCUUCUCGACCUCAGUUCUAUUAUGAUUCUGUUUCCAUUUUCUUCUAUAAUGUCCUACGCCCUCCUAGGCUUCCACCCACAUCAGAAAAUAAGGUUGAGAAGUACUAUGAUUUAGAGAGCGUGAAAGUCAACACUGGAAUGAAUGAGAGUCUGUUAAAUGAGAUAAUUACCGGGCUCCAAAGUGGAAGCACUGAAACAGCCAGCUCUUCAUCUGUACAUCCUGUCAUUUCAGCCCCCAAGUUUGUUGGCGAUCUUCUGUCUGAUAUUGCCCCCAUUUAUGGUGUAAUUGAUCCAAAUCCAUUGGUAGUUGAAGAAGAUAUACUUAAUGGUGAUGGCCCACCUGACACACAGUGUCGGGACAAGACAAGUAGUAGUCAAAAUGAGGACUGUUUCUCCCACACAAGCUCAAAUAGGGAGAGUUGGGGAAGAUGCUCAUCUCUUGGAAGCGAUAACGAGCCUUGCUCAGGAAAUGCGAAUGUUACAAACCAUGAGAAUCAGACUCCAUUGGAAAUCCUUGCAACACCUCUACGGAAAUUCCGGAAAACCAUAAUGGACACUUCAAGAGGGGAUGAAAAGAAAAAGAAGAAAGCAGAGAUGACACCCCCUGCCAAGAAAUCUCGACGCGAAAAAUUUGAAAAGCUGGAGGCGUUGAGUCAGCGCUUGCGGCUUUGUAUUCUGAAGAGAGUUGGUGGUGGCCAUAGGAGACAAAGCUCCUCAUGACCCAACCUCACCCCACCCACCCACCUUUCUGAAUGUCAUAUAGAUGUGAAAGCUUAGAUCAAGCUUACAAGGAAUAUAUACUUAUUGCUCCGUAUAUUUUAUAGCCCACUACUAACCUGUGUUUAGUUUUAAUGUAAUCAACCUUUUCAAGCAAUUUUUCAAAAAAUGCUUGAUUGUAAUCUCUGUAUUCUGGUUGCUCUUCAUGUAUUAUUACACCUCAACUAUUUUUCAUAUAUAUUCUUUGAGGGUAUUCUCACAUUUCACUCUUGUGCACAUUGACUGA